AGGAAAUGCAGACAAAAUGAAGCCCAAAUUUACAUGAAAUGAAAUUAAGCCUUUCUCUUCUUCUUCUUCUUCUUCAGCGAAGUCACCACUGACCAGUACUAUAUAUACAUGUCUUCUCCUUCAAAACCACCCUAUGUUAAGAGCCUAGCCUAAUGGACUCAUAACCAUCACCUUGUUCAUUAUUUUUCCAGGUGGUUUGAGUUAUCAGCUCAAUUUGGCCGCUGUAUGGCCAAAGGCAGGAGGCUAACAGCGACUCGCAGUGAAAGGUUACUGGGAAGCUUUGCUUACAGUAAUGGCCAAGACGCUACCGUCAACGACUCGUCGGAGCUAGGUGAGGAAGAUGUAUGGUCGACGGUUGAUGAUAUGGCUAACCCAAAUCAUGACCAGAUUAGCAAUAAUUCUCAGGGAGACUGGAUUUCACGCACCGACGUUGAGAGUAAUGGGAAUAUUUCUUUUAGGAGUCGCCGCCGAAUCCACCGAGAUGACCACCACGUGGGAGGAUUGUCUUUGGCCUUCGAGAAUUCCUCGGGCAAGACGGUGUCGUCGAGAGUCGUGCACCAGUUCCGUGGACAUGACAGCGUGGCAGCAGCAGCAGCAUCUCCUCGUCAUAUGGCCACGUCAGCUCCCGUGAACGUGCCGGACUGGAGCAGGAUCCUGCGAGUCGAGUCGGUUGAGUCAUUACACGAUUUGGAUGACGGAUAUUAUGACCGUGAUGUAGAGAUGAUCCCACCGCACGAGUACCUAGCACGGGAGUACGGUCGAAGCCGGAGAAUGGGCGACGCCUCCGUGUUUGAGGGCGUAGGAAGGACGCUGAAGGGCCGUGACAUGAGACGCGUGCGCGAUGCUGUAUGGAGCCAAACAGGAUUUGACGGAUAAUCGAUUUCCUAACCACUUGAGAACAACGAGAUUGUUUCUUUUUUUUUUUUUUUUUUCUAUUUUCAAAUUCUUGGGCAAUGAUUCGACUGGGUUGACUCGGCGUUGAAAUGAGUCAACUCGGUAACGAGUGAGCUCAAGCAUGAUUCUGCUUGAUGAGGUGCCAUUUGUGUCCAAGAUUAAAAUUUGGGAAUUAGAAUUCAUGCCCCAGAUCGUUAGCAGUAA